GUCACCGUGUUUUCGGAGACGCAGCUGACGAUGUAAACAAGAGCAGACAGUCAGUCAGUCGAGGUUCAACAACAAGAAGAGAUCACAACAGGGCCGCCGUCACCGCUCAUGAUCUCCAGUAUCUGCUCCUAAACGGCCGACAUGGGGCUGCCUGUGACCAUCAAAGUGAACUUCCGGGGCAAUGUGAAGCGGUUUCUGGCUCAGGAUCUGGACAAGCUGGAGUGGGAGUCCGUGGAAGCCUGGAUUAAAGCGUCUUUUGGGAUCAACCACUUUCAAGUGAAAUACUUUGAUGAGGAUAAUGAAGAGAUUUGCAUAAACAGUCAAGAUGAAUAUGAAGAAGCCAUCAAGAGCGCCGAGAAGCAGGGGAACCAGUUGCACAUGAACGUGUACAAGAUGAAAGGUCAGGCCUGUGGAGGGCCUCUGAAGACGGAGGUUAAGGAGCUGAAAGGAGACCUCCGGCCCGCUCCUCCUUAUCCAUCGAGGGUCAAAACGGUGGACAAAGGCACACAGGUCACCCCGGAGCGAGAAGCUGUCACAGUAAAGGACAACAAGGGGAACAAGCCAGAAGAUGAGCCACCUCCCAUGUGGUUUAGAUCGUACAUGGAGAAGUUUAAAGAUGAGGUGGUGAAAGAGGUGGUGGAGAGGAUGUGCAGUGACUUCUCUGGCCAGUGUUGCACCCACAAGUCAUCCGACGGGCCCCUCGAGGCCAUCGGGGCUAGUGGCGGUCCUAUAGGGCCCAGGCCGGGCCCCUCCACCUCGGCUGGAUCCCUUGGCUACACCCCCAACUGCAGCAGCUGCAACAAGCUCACCUCCGAAGGGGCCUACAAGUGCAGCGUGUGCCCGUCCUGCAUCCUGUGUGAGAUGUGCAGACACAGCCACGACCCCAGCCACAACCUGGUGAGAACCAAGACCCCUCUCUCCAUCCCUGAGCAUGGAAUGUCGGGAGAGUUGAGGUUCCCAAGGCGAGGAGACAGGACAGUGCGCAAGGCCGAGCGACAGCGCCUCAAAGCUGAAAGGAGGCAGCUCAGAGCUGAAGUGAAGGAAAUCAAGAAGAAACUGAGACUGGAGAAGAGGGGGCUGCAGUGGAGCGGGCCCUCUACCUCAGGCAGAGCCAACCUGACACACAUGGCGUCCGCGUCCACCCAGGUCCCAGCCCUGCCCCCCCCUGCUGCCUCAGAAACAGCCUCAGGUCCAGCCCCAGCCCAAGGUCCCGUCCCUGCCCCGGUCCCUGAUCCCCAGGCCUCCAGUCCAGAGGGUCCCGGGGUCUCGCACACGUCCUUGGUUCCCACUAUGGCUGCCUUGUUUCUGGAUGAAAAUCUGCCGGACGGCACCCGUCUGGAGCCUGGUACCAAGUUCAUCAAAUACUGGAAGAUGAGGAACUCGGGCACUAUCAGCUGGACCUCAGAGACUAAGCUAGUGUUCAUGUGGGGGAACCUCGGCCUGGCGUCAGAGGAGAGGAGGGAGGUGCCGGUCCCCUUGCUGCUGCCCGGACAAGUGGGGGUGGUCAGUGUGGCCUUUGUCGCUCCCGUGAUGGAGGGAACGUACACCUCCCACUGGCGGCUGGCGCACUGCGGGUGUCAGUUUGGCCCGCGCGUCUGGUGCAGCAUCGUGGUCGACCCCGGCGACGGCCGCAACGCUCUCGGGCAUCAGAGCAAACGACUGAAGGAGGAGGUGAGUCAGGUGGAGAAGGAGAAGGAGGUGAACGGCCCCGACUUGUCUGUAGACCUGAACCACGAGGACUACUACUUCCCCUCCGUCGACCUGCUGACUGCACAGGAUCUACUGUCAUUUGAGUUGCUGGAUAUAAAUAUUGUGCAAGAGUUGGAGAAGGUUCCUAACAACACUCCUGAGGAUUUGACUCCCUGCAUAUCCCCUCUGCCCCACGAUGCACCAGUGCUGGAGAAGGCCAUCAUUUCACGGAUUAAAGAAGACUCAGAGGUCACAGGGGUCAGAAAGCUUUUUGGAGUGAAACUGAGGCAGCAGACGGAGCUGCUGGAGCCUGUGACCCAGGAGGAGGACCGGGAGGAGGAGAUCAGUGGAGCUCAGUUCCUCUGUGAGACCGUCAUCCGCUCCCUCACCCUGGAGGAGGCCCCGGAUCACAGACCGCUACGCCGAGCCCAGCACAGCACCCUCAGACCACAGGUUGUUUCCCGCGGCACCAGCUUUUGCUUGGAGAGAGCUGUAGAGGCUGUGAAGACCGAGGAGGAAGGAAAUGAGGAGAUCUGCGCCAUUAGACUUGAAAGUUCAGCUCUGCCUCUCAACAUGGGCCUCAACCAGAUCAUCCAGGACGAGGAGACGAGGCCAGUUCUUCUGCUGGAACCAGCAAAUGAAAACCUGCAUAUCAAUUUACAUCAUGAUAUGGAGAAUGAAGAGGUCAUGAUCCUGGAUGACAUGCAGAACAUGAGGGAUACUCAAGAGGAGAAAGAGGAGGGUGGAACCAAAGGAGAAGACUGGGAGGAGGUCAGCAGCCAGACCUCCUCUGUCUCCUCCUGCGACGAUUACAUCAUCGUCCUCCCAGACUGCUUCGACACCAGCCGGCCUCUGGGCGAGUCCAUGUACAGCUCCGCCAUGUCGCAGCCUGACGCCGACGCCGCUGCUGAUGAGACCUCAGCCGAUCCGGACGUACAGCAGGAGGAAGAGGAAGAGGUAGAGGAAGAGGAAGAAGAAGAGGUAGAAGAAGAGGUAGAGGAAGAGGUAGAGGAAGAGGAAGAGGAAGAGGAAGAGGAAGAGGAAGAGGAAGACUCCGAGCCGGGCGAUGAGGUGGCACCGCUGAGAGAGAGGCAGGAGGUGGUCGAUGCCGAGGAUUCAGCUGUGAACACGUGGCCUCCGCUUGUCCCUCCCAUCCACAGCAGUGUGAACCAGAUGUUGUGCGCCUCCCAAACCCUGGACGCUGUGACGCUCACCCCGGAAGUAGUGGUGCCGCCGCCACCGGUGUUGCCUGACCCCCUGCUGCCCCCACCAGCCCUCUACUCACCCAGGUCUGAGGCACUGUACCUGGCUGAGGACCCCAGUCCUCCAGCCUGUGAUCCAUACGAGCCACACCAACCAAGGGUCCACCUAAAUGUAUCAUCUGGUCUGUCACGAUCAGCAGGCUCAGCAUCCAGUGCCUUUGAGACAUAUAACCCCAGACCCAGCAACGCUUUGCAGCCAAGGGGCCAAGGAGGCAUCACAGAGGGACUUGUCAAGGGCGCCCUUUCUGUGGCAGCGUCCGCUUAUAAAGCUCUCUUCACUGGACCAAACUGCUCAAUACAGCGAGGCAUCGACCCGGCCACCAGACAGGACCCUUCCCUGAUGGCGAUGCUUCUAGAGAUGGGCUUCAGAGACCAGCGGCUCAACCAGCGGCUGCUGAGGAAGCACGGCUACAGCCUGCUGCACACCGUCAACGAGCUGGUGCAGAUGGCCGAGGACAGCCAGAACAAGGCUGUCAACGCUCCGCACUGAGGGAGGGGAACAAGGCUUUUAAACCCUAAUGUAAAGAGAAUAUUUAGAUUAUUGACCUGCGUAUCUCUCACCCUUCUCCAGCCUCUCUAGCUUUAUUUUGAAUUGUGUAAAGAAGACAAAGAAUAUGAUUCGUGCAAUUUAUUGAUUUUUCCAAAGGGUGUUUAUUAGUGAUGAUAAUAAGACAACAACAAUGUCUCUAAACAAAAGUGAAAUUUCUCGUUGACUAGAGAGAAAGGGAUGAAUGGCUUCUCCUGCCUUUGCCUUUAAUUUAGCUUCAAUGUAUUGACAAAAUUAACACACCAUAGGCGCAGUUUGAACUUCAUGGUUUGGGGUUCACAAAAAAAAGAAACUCUAGAGGAAAUGUAAUGUGUAUGACCGAGGCUUUGUUUAAAAAUUAAUAAUCACAAUACCUGCAGGUGCAUUUUCAUAUCCCAACUAAUACUAAAGCGUUUUUUUUCUGAGCGCUAGUGUCUUUUUUUCCAAUUGUUCCCAAUGAGGAGAAAGCGUAUGCAGCCGCCUGGAGAAAAAGCACUGCACCAAGUGUUUUUUUUUCGGAGUGCUCCAAAUUUUUUCUGUGCAGCCGAUCAGAGCGCUUCUAGUCGAAAACUUUCUUUCUGAACUUUUCAGAAAGGCGCUGCUGUCGUCACUGUAGGUGAAGCUCUCUGGCGCUUUUCU